UAAGUGCUGACAGCUUUCUAGUUUCGACAGCGUUAUGCAAACGAGGACACCUGUCGCGGAGCCAGUGCGUUAAUCGAACCGAGCCAACCGAGUGCCAAGGGAUUGUGUAUUUUCGUGCGAAACGCUAGUUCGCCACUCGAAGCGACGGAAGGAUGCUUUCCCGCAAGGAUCUGCGCUACCUUAGGGCGUUAAUUUUCGCCAUGCUGCUGCACCUGAGCAACUCGCUACAGCUGGAAGGACUCUCGACGAAGAAACCACGGGUUACGAAGUACACCAUGAAGCCCACCACCAGCUCGGCCACCGCCGUGCCAUCCUCGUUAUCGCUGUACCGCUUGAACGCAUCGAGCGGUGCGACGUGCAUCCUGAUUCAGACCGAUGCGCUGCUGAGCAUCCAGUACCGCGACAAGUACAAUGAAGAUAAGGAAGCGGAUUCAUUCCUUCCCGACCAGAUGGACAUCUACGGUGAGUGCUGGGAGGACGAAUCACGGAUAACGCUCGCCUGGAAGGGUUUCACCGUCAACAUAUACUUCUCGAAGACGCCCGGCGGCGAACGUUGGUACGUGAACAGUGUCGACCUGGCAUACUCAUCCUCGAACACCCUGUUCGAGCACAUCGACCGCCCGGGGUUGGAUGUGAAGCUAGCGACACCCCCGGGUACGCUGCUGUUCCCGACACCGGUCGGCAAGUCGUACACCUGCGACAACGAGCUCACCAUCACGAUGUUCGCGCAGGACGAAAGCGAUAAAUCGGGCCACCUGGCGAAGCUGUACCUGCGCGAGUUGCGGAUGCAAAGCUUCAUGUACAAGGCGGGUAAUGCUUGGGGCCCAACGUUCCAGUGUAGCGCCACCGGGACGUACCGGGACGAAACGGCCCCAAUUGCCGUUGGUUCUACGCUGGCCGUUGCCACCGUUUGCACCGUCGUUGGAUACGGUUUGUGGAGAUACUUCAAAGUAAAGAAGUUCCAGUACGGAACCAUGGCUUAA